GCUUGUAGGAAUUAGCAACGAGAUCGUGGAUAUACUGAGCCGAAACAGCAGUUUUAUUCGGCUGCGACGUGUCAGCUUCCUCGGUUCUGACCUGGACCGCUAAGAUGACCCAGCCUCGGCCUGAAGAGUUUAUUCCGCCCCCGGAAUGCCCAGUCUUCGAGCCCAGCUGGGAGGAAUUUGCGGACCCUUUUGCCUUUAUCAAUAAGAUACGGCCUAUCGCGGAGAAAACUGGCAUCUGCAAGGUCCGCCCGCCUCCGGAUUGGCAGCCCCCGUUCGCCUGUGACGUGGACAGACUGCACUUCACUCCCCGCAUCCAGAGGCUCAAUGAGCUAGAGGCCCAGACCAGAGUCAAGCUCAACUUCCUCGAUCAGAUUGCUAAGUUCUGGGAACUGCAGGGCUGCACGCUGAAAAUUCCACAUGUGGAGCGGAAGAUUCUGGAUCUGUAUCAGCUGAACAAACUGGUGGCCGACGAGGGUGGCUUUGACAUAGUCUGCAGGGACAGGCGAUGGACGAAGAUUGCCAUGAACAUGGGCUUUGCCCCCGGCAAGGCCGUGGGCUCCCAUCUACGGGCGCACUACGAGCGCAUCCUCUACCCGUACCACCUGUUCCAGACUGGAGCCAACCUUCUGUGCGUUCAGAAACCCACCCUGACCAACGACGCCAAGGACCAGGAGUACAGGCCCCAUGACCUGGCCCAGCGGCAGGCGAUGCAGCUGACGGAAACCUGCACCCCUGCCCGUCGAGCCAAGCGCAUGGGAGCAGAGGGAGGCUGCGUGAAGGUGGAGUCGGAGGAGGCCUGUGGGAACAGGCCCAACCUGAGGAGGAGGAUGGGUUCCUUCGUCGCCAAACCUGAGCCAGAGAAAAUGACACUAGUCCAAGUUAAACAGGAACCUGCAGAACUCAAGGAGCUAAUGAGCGAGACAGAACAAGCCAAAUCACGGAAUAAGAAAGUCUCCCCCGCUGUCAAUAUAGUGGACCUGUACGUGUGUUUGGUGUGUUGCAGUGGCAGUGACGAGGACCGCCUGCUGCUGUGCGACGGCUGCGAUGACAGCUACCACACCUUUUGUCUCAUUCCGCCCCUCCUCGACGUCCCCAAGGGGGACUGGAGGUGCCCCAAAUGUCUGGCUCAGGAGUGCAGUAAACCGCAGGAAGCUUUUGGCUUUGAACAGGCGUACAGAGACUACUCUCUACGGGCUUUUGGAGAUAUGGCAGACUCCUUCAAAUCAGAUUACUUUAACAUGCCAGUUCAUAUGGUUCCCACGGAGCUGGUGGAGAAGGAGUUCUGGCGCCUGGUGAGCACCAUUGAGGAGGAUGUCACUGUGGAGUACGGUGCUGACAUCGCCUCCAAGGAGUUUGGCAGCGGCUUCCCCAUUAGAAACGGACGGUUCCAGGUGGCCCCAGAGGACGAGGACUACCUGAGCUGUGGCUGGAACCUGAACAACAUGCCUGUGAUGGACCCCUCGGUGCUGACCCACGUCACGGCCGACAUCUGCGGGAUGAAGCUGCCCUGGCUCUAUGUGGGCAUGUGCUUCUCCUCCUUCUGCUGGCAUAUCGAGGACCACUGGAGCUACUCCAUCAACUACCUGCACUGGGGGGAGCCGAAGACGUGGUACGGUGCUCCGGGGUACGCUGCGGAGCAGCUGGAAGGGGUGAUGAAGAGGCUCGCUCCCGAGCUCUUCGAAUCUCAGCCCGACCUCCUGCACCAGCUGGUCACCAUCAUGAACCCCAACACCCUGAUGGCCCACGGCGUGCCCAUUUACCGGACCAAUCAGUGCGCUGGGGAGUUUGUCAUCACCUUCCCGAGGGCCUACCAUAGUGGGUUCAACCAAGGCUUCAAUUUCGCAGAGGCCGUCAACUUCUGCACGGUGGACUGGAUGCCCUUGGGCCGUCAGUGUGUGAACCACUACCGGCUGCUGCACAGAUACUGCGUCUUCUCCCACGACGAGAUGAUAUGCAAGAUGGCGGCCAAGGCUGACUCCCUGGACGUGGUGCUGGCGUCCGCGGUGCAGAAGGACAUGGCUGUCAUGAUCCGCGAAGAGCGGGAGGUGCGCGACCAAAUCCGCAAGCUGGGCGUGGUGCACAGCCAGAGGUCGGAAUACGAUCUUCUGCCAGACGAGGAGCGUCAGUGCGCCAAGUGCAGGACCACCUGCUACCUGUCUGCCCUCACCUGCCCCUGUAGCCCGGGUGUGCUGGUGUGCCUCCACCACGUCCAGGACCUCUGCUCCUGCCCUGUCAGGGACUACAUGCUGCACUAUAGGUUUACACUGGACGACCUCUACCCCAUGAUGAAUGCCGUGCGCCAGCGUGCUGAGUCCUAUGAUGACUGGUCGUCUCAUGUGACUGAGAUUCUAGAGGCCAAAUUGGACAAGAAAAAAAGUCUGGCAGAAUUCCGAGCUCUGAUCCAGGAGUCGGAGGCGAAGAUGUUCCCGGACAACGACCUGCUGCGCCACCUUCGCCUGGUGACCCAGGAUGCGGAGAAGUGCGCCUCCGUGGCCCAGCAGCUGCUUAACGGGAAAAGGCAGACCAGGUCACGCUCUGGUGGAGGGAAGUCCCAGAACCAGCUGACUGCUGAGGAACUGAAGUCAUUUGUCAGACAGCUGUACAACCUGCCAUGUACCAUCCGGCAGGCUCCCUUACUGAAGGACCUCCUGGAACGCGUGGAGGACUUCCAGCAGCACAGCGAGAAGGUGCUGGCGGAGGAGGCGCCGAGCGCGGCGGAGGUCCAGGGCCUGCUGGACGUCAGCUUCAAGCUGGACGUGGAGCUGCUGGAGUUGCCCCGGCUGCGCGAGAGGCUGGCGCAGGCGCGCUGGCUGGAGACGGUGCGGCAGGGCUCCGCCCAGCCCGUCACCCUGUCCCUGGAUGCCAUGCGGAGGCUCAUCGACCAGGGCGUGGGCCUCACCCCGCACCCCAGCGUGGAGAAGGCCAUGGCGCGGCUGCAGGAGCUGCUCACUGUGUCGGAGCACUGGGAGGACAGGGCCUGGGACCUCCUCAAGGCCAGGCCCCACCACUGUGUGGAGACUCUGGCCGCAGCGGCUCAGGAAGCAGAAGGCAUCCCUGCUUAUCUCCCCAACUGCCUGCUACUCAGGGAUUCUGUGAACAGGGCCAGAGAGUGGCUCCAGGAGGCCGAGGCACUUCAGCAUGGUGGACGAAUCCCUGUGCUGGACACCCUCUUGAGCAUGGUGUCGCGGGCGCGAGCCAUCCCUGUCCAGCUGGACCCUCUUGCCCGGCUGGAGUCCCUAGUCUCUGAAGUGCAGGCAUGGAAGGAGAGUGCAUCCAAAACCUUCCUGAUGAAGAACUCUCCCUACUCGCUACUAGAGGUGCUGUGCCCCAGGUGUGAGGUGGGAACAGUGGCUCAGAGGGCAAAAUCCAAAAAGGCUAAGGAUCCAGCACAGUGUGGAAAGAGAAAGUUGGUGAGGCUGGGCAGCCUGAGUGAUGUGGAGAGAGCCCUGUCAGAGAGCAAAGACUCUGCCUCAGCUAUGGCCACUCUCGCUGAGGUCCGGCAGAAGGAGAUGGAGGCCUUGUCCGCCCUCAGAGCCGCCAACAAGUCCAAGCUCCAGCCCACGGCGGACUGCGCGGACCUCAGGGUGUGCGUGUGCCACCGCGCCCCCGCGGGAGCCAUGCUGCAGUGCGAGCUCUGCCGGGACGCCUUCCACCGUGCCUGCGUGCCGGAGCCGGCGGACCCGUGGGGCGGACAGGCCUGGCUGUGCCCGGGCUGCCAGCGCUCCGAGAGGCCCCCCCUCGACAAGAUCCUCCCGCUGCUGGCCUCGCUGCAGCGCCUCCGGGUGCGCCUGCCCGAGGGCGACGCCCUCCGCUACGUCAUCGAGCGCACCGUCAGCUGGCAGCACCGGGUGCAGCAGGUCUCCGCCUCCUGGAAGCUGCCGGUAGUGCAGGAGCGUGCCCGGACCUCGCCCGCCCCUCACCGCUGGUCUGCCGCCAGUAACGCUGCUGCCAGAAAGGUGAUGCAGUGCCCCAGAACAGCUUCCUGUUCACCUCAGGAAUGGAACAGCACAGGCCAGCCUCACACCGAUUUCUACAUAGAACAGCGAUGCAUUCCUCUUCAUGGUUUGAGUCCUGAGCUGGAGGAGCUGAUGAUGGAGGGGCUCCUACUUCAGGUGUCGCUACCAGAAAUCCAGCAGCUCUACCACAUCCUGCUGAACAGACACUCCAGCCCACAGCACAUAGACGGCUCACAGCAGAGGCCCGACAGUGACAGACAGAGGCACAACUCUCAGGGAAGGAGCCCACCACAGAUCCGGGAUGGGCUCUCUGGUCUUAAGAAGGAAGCUGUGAAUGGCGUGGACAAGAAGGCCAAGCGACGGCUAGAAAAGGGGGGUCGGGACGGAGAGAACUGGGGAAAGGCAAAGAGGGCCCGGAAGAAGACUAAGGAGAAGAGCCGGGAAGGCAAGCUGCUGUCUGCCGUCCCUUCCCCCACCCUGUUCCUGUCCUCGUCCCCUUCCUCUCUCCCGGACCUGUCCCCUUCAGAAGACUCAGACGAUGAUAUGGCCCUCUGUCCUGCAGAGAGGUGCCAGCAGCCUGAAGGAGAGGAGGUGGACUGGGUCCAGUGUGAUGGCAGCUGCAACCAGUGGUUCCACCAGGUCUGCGUGGGUGUGUCUGCUGAGCUGGCCGAGAAGGAGGACUAUAUCUGUGUGACCUGCACUAUAAAAGACGGCCAUGUGAGGAAAUAAGUGAAGAAGGUUCUGGAAAGACAUAGAGCAGACCACCGUCAGUCUGUUUGAAGCCUGUACCUGUGGCUGUGCAGCUGACCCCGGCUGGCCCUGCCUCAUGGUGGUGUAGAUAGUUUCAGCCACCUAGCCCUGGAUCCAGAUCAAUUUCUCCUCUGUCGGGGCAGGAUUAGGGUUGGGUAAUCUGAUCUUGGGGGGCAGAUAGUACUCGGAGUACCCCUCGACCUUUCAUCUCCCCGCCGCUUUGCAACAACGGUGCUACUUCCCUCCUUGUGGGAUCGUUUUUCUGAGACCUUCUAAGUCUUUGGUCACUUUUGUAUGAUUGAGUUCUGCUUCCUAUGAUGAACUGUUUGUGGUUGUCCAAGAGUCCCUGGAUGCAGUGUGUGCUGCUGGGGUUUCAGUCCUGUCAGGCACCAGGGACCCUCAUUCAGGCACCUUGCAAAAAUGCAGGAUUCUUCCUCCAUGAGACCGUAGAUGGGGAUGCAGGGAGAUUUUUCACCAAAAAAGAUCAGUAGAAUGGACAACUAAAAAUAAAAACAAGAGAAACAUAUUUUUUGGAAACCCGCUGUUUAGUACAGGCAUCUGGAUAAUAUAAAAAUGUUUUUUUUUUUUCUUUUUGUGGGUUAGAUUUAUUUAUCUGAGCAAUAACUGAACAAGGUCUGUUUUGAAGUAAGUGGCUUGAAAUCUCUUCUGAUCAGUGUGAUGGUGCUUUAGCGAUGGUCAUUGUACAGAAUGCUCACUAUUAGACCAUAGGAUCUAAGUGAUGGACUAGAGAUGUAGCAGACAGAAGAAACUGUGUGAAUGACUGCCACAGCUG